AUGUUACUGGCCAAGAACGCGGAUGUGAAUGCUCAAGAUGGAGUUUAUGGCAAUGCACUACACGCGGCAUCAUCAAAAGGUCAUGAGAAGGUGGUGAAGAUGUUGCUGGCCAAGAACGCAGACGUGAAUGCUCAAGGUGGAGAGUAUGGCAAUGCACUACACGCGGCAUCAUGGCAAGGUCAAGAGAAGGUGGUGGAGAUGUUGCUGGCCAAGAACGCGGACGUGAAUGCUCAAGAUGAAGAGUAUGGCAAUGCACUAUACGCGGCAUCAUGGCAAGGUCAAGAGAAGGUGGUGGAGAUGUUGCUGGCCAAGAACGCGGACGUGAAUGCUCAAGAUGAAGAGUAUGGCAAUGCACUAUACGCGGCAUCAUGGCAAGGUCAAGAGAAGGUGGUGGAGAUGUUGCUGGCCAAGAACGCGGACGUGAAUGCUCAAGAUGAAGAGUAUGGCAAUGCACUAUACGCGGCAUCAUGGCAAGGUCAAGAGAAGGUGGUGGAGAUGUUGCUGGCCAAGAACGCGGACGUGAAUGCUCAAGAUGAAGAGUAUGGCAAUGCACUAUACGUGGCAUCAUUGCAAGGUCAUGAGAAGGUUGUGGAGAUGUUGCUGGCUAAGAACGCGGACGUGAAUGCUUAA